AUGCUUGUAAAGAACCUAGAAGAAUAUUUUAUUGAGGAACUUCAGCACUUGGUGAUGAUUGCUCCUCCUGGUAUUUUUGAAAUAGUCUUUUCUCCGGCCUCACCCGCAACCAAAGUUGAGUUAGAACGGGUAACUUUGCUCCUUCUUCUGGCUGCAAUUAAAUGCAAAAGACGUGAACAGUAUAUUCGAGACAUUAUGGAUAAUCUUAGUACUGAAAUUCAGGAAGGCAUAAUGCAAUCUAUUACUAGUUUAACAGAGCUUCCGGAUACGACUGUGAGUUUAACCGGACCGUACGAACUAUCAUCAGAAUUGAGAUACAGUAUUCGAAAAGCUCUUUCGAGCAGAGUCGAAUUGUAUUUUUUGUUAGCUGAGGAGGUCCUACAUAAAAUUUGUGAUCGCCAUCCCGACUGGUCACCAAGCAAAUCACUUACAUCUGGUCAACAUGUGAAGAAAGUUGAAAAGGCCUACGGUGUCAAGAUAGCACGUAGUCGUUCCCUGGCAUCCUCAUUGGAUUUAAUUGGCGUGGCUUUUAAACGAGGUAGUGAAGAAAGGUGUGAUAUUUCAAAGAGUCCUCAAAGCAUUGAAACUGAUACAACUGCUACUUCCGAGACUGGAUAUGAGAGUCGACCACCUACUGAUAAGCCAACGAGAGAACGAUCAGAACCUGGUGAACACAGAGAUUUGGAUAAUGUUCUCGGUAUGAUGGAAAGCCAGAUCAUAAAUGAUGGGGAGGAGAAGAAGGAAAUUGUCGAGCAGAUCACUAAGGCGAAAGCCAAAUUGCGACAACAAUCAUUGAUAAUUUCCGAGCAAACAGAUCAACUGGAGGAGGUACAUUCACAACUCGCGGAAGUUCGAGCAGAAGCUGAUCGACUGAGAACGGAACGAGCCAGGCUAGCAGAUGCGGCAGCUUCCGCCAGACACUGGAGAGAUGAAGCUGACGCAGGCCAACAAGCCAUAAUUCAGCUCCGUGAAUCUGAACGUACUUGCGAAAAGCUUAAACAAAAUCUUGAGGCUGCACUGUAUUAUCGGAUCCGAUGCCAGGAACUGAACGAGGAAUUGGAAUCACUUAUCAAAGAGCGUGACGACCUUGAAAAUCGUCUUUCUGAACAACAGGAUGAUCAAUCAAAGAUUCAAUGCUUAGAUGAAAAGUUAAUCGAGAAGACUCAGCGUAUAUUGGAACUGGAAUCGCAACGAGAAAAAGAUCUUGAAGAAAUCUACCGACUCAAAAAUGAGGUAGCAGAGACUCGUAUCGACGCUAUGAAUGUAUCACGGAAAAGUCUCACCAGUCCACUUUUGUCUGAUGAAGAUGAAAAGGACAUACUUUGUCGACUCCCCAGUCUUCAGAGUGAAACCUCAUCCGAUCUCAUCCUUAUCCACCCGCCUAAAACGGCGUCCUGUCAAACUAAGGAAACCCACUACGAGAAUAUGACUAAGAUUCAGAAGAACGUAGACACUGGUUCAAACCUGAUAUGGCCCAAAGCUGAGAGGGAGAUUGACAUGAGGCUAAUGGGGUUGGCUUUAAUGGUGUCGAAUUUAGAAUCAGAAACGGUCGGUGAAAUGAUUAGUCAUCGUGCCCCAUUUGGUCUUGUGAUGGACAGGUUGACCGUUCAUGUGCUGUGGUGUCCGAUCGAACUGGAGCAGACAGUUGAAAAUUGCUCAUCCCAAUUGGAGCGAAUUCGAUCUAAACUUGACUCCAUCAGUGGGAUUGAGAAGACACAACCGUCACCUAUCCAGUCUAGUAAAGAUCAUGACAACAUCGGCUGUCGUGUUGAAUGUCUCAUGGUAGAUCUUGAACAGGCAAUUCUCGAUGUCAUCACUGCCAUCCGAGAAAACGACAAGAAAAUAGCCGAUUUGGAGGAAAAGACACAGAAGAAACGUAACACACGGCCAGUGCUUGUGCAAACGGAGAAUAUCCUACCGGGGAUAGACGAGAGAGCGUUUGAGCAAUCUUCGAAUGGAUUGAGAACGCGUAUGCAAUCAGCGCAGUCGACCUUUCAGGACAGUGCCGAGUCAUUGCGUGAUAUUCUCACCGACGCAAUGUAUCAAGAGCUAAAGACGAAUAUUGGCCGUGACAUGGAUCAACCUGAACGCAAACCAGAUCAAGCCGCUAAGUACACUCAGACCUCUGGUCUCUAUUCCUAUAAGGAAACCGAGUGCCAGACAUCGAGCGAAUGUCAACCAGAACCGAUUUUAAAUGGAGGUUCUCGUCUCUACAGAGUAUACAAUCAGUUUGGAACACCUCUCCAAUUAAGUGUCGUACAACCAAGCAGAAUUCAGCCAUCAGGUGUUGAGAACGGAGUCGGUCCUAAGAUGACUCGUGUCACUCACCAAGGUGUAAAUACCCCACCAAUGGUAGGUCAAAUGCAGACUGCUACUAACGAAGCUGUCAGAGCGGCCCUUCUUCAAGUUUCGGAGGCGAAAUCACGCAUAGCUUCGCUCACGAGGGAGAACGAUGAGGUGAAUGAACUGCUGAAAUCAACCCAACAUGACCUAGAGCAUUGCAGAGACUUUCUCAAGGAAUAUGAGAAACGGAAUGCCUACUUGGAAAAAGAGAACCGCACACUUUUGUUGCAGCUAAGGUCACUACUAUCUCAAAAUCAAGGUGUUGUUACGGAGGCUCUUGAGAAUAAUGAAUGCCAUUAUCGGGAAAAACUAGCUCUUCGUGAUGAAUUGGAAACCAUUAAUCGCUACAAGGAUCGCUUAGAGCAGAGGCUACUUGAACACUACAAGAAUUCCUCCUCUCCUAAAAAAGUCAAGCCUUCAAUCAGCUUCCUCCAGAAGGCUCGUGAUGCACUUAUAAAGGAUAAAGAAGUUUACAAGCUUGAUAAUAGUCGCUUAGCGGCCGAAAACACUAUUGAACCAGAAAUCAAGAGAGUGGACCUUCUUUCUGCACCGAAAAGUAAAGCUGAAGACGAUGGGGACUUUGACGAUGGAUACCUCAAAGACUUCCAGAAUUUUAUAAACAACUUGGAAAAGCGGCAGAUGAGCCUCAGUCCAACGUGUAUCGAAACCCAAAUAUGUGACUCGAAGUCCUCAUCAAGACCACCAUCAAUUAAUUCUGCGCCUUUACCCAGAAGAUGCUUUUCAGAGCAGCAAGGAAGAAGUAUGCGGAAUGGGUCUAGCACUGAUUCUGAAUAUACAGACAAAUCAAGCCUCUCAUUGCGUCUGCAACUAUCUCCACAUUUUCCAGUCACGGACAGGUCGGAAGAAGAUCGGGUCGAGGCUUAUACACCAAAUUCAAUUGUGCCCUCUCAUAGGAAAAGCAUCUUGGGAAAGACCAGCUCUCUUACUAACUUCCCAACUCAAGAUAGAAAUUCAUUCAUGGAAUCUCGAACUAAUGGUGGUGUGAACCUUCAAAAAACUCAGUCACUAUCGGCACAUCGACGUAGAGUACCAUCUGCCAAUGAAAAACCUGCUGCGUCUACUCUUGGUGGCCUGAUUGGUCGACGGAAGGUCACAUCAUCGGAUUCCACCUAUUUGAGCCCAGUGACUUCGUUUUCUCAGCCCCGGACUGGCACAUUGACACGAAGGCAGCAACACCAGCAGGAAUCCCCAAUUGAUCGAAAAUCCCAAAUGGAUUUGGCUAAAUCCAUUGAGAACCCAGAAUGCCUGGCUAAACCGGUCGUGUUUCUAGAAUAUGGCGAUUUAUGA